UCCGAUGCCGCCCACCUGGUCUUCACUUCUGGGCUGCGCGCGGCAGAGGCGGCGGGGAGCCGGAGAGACCCGGGGAGAUGGGGCAGGGAGGAAACCAAAGGCCAAGGCACCGCUUCCUCCUGCCGAGAACAGAUGCACAAAUAUGUCUUCCAUGGAGGAUCCUGUAGAACCAACUGCUGUCAUCACGGAACAGAAUGAAAACAUGAUCGAUAAAGACAUCGAACUCUCGGUGGUCCUCCCUGGGGACAUCAUCAAAUCUACUACUGUUCCUGGCAGUAAGCCGAUGAUGGACUUGCUGAUAUUCCUCUGUGGACAGUAUCACUUAAAUCCAUCGAGUCACACUAUUGACUUGCUGACAGCUGAGAAGACUCACAUUAAAUUUAAGCCAAACACACCAAUAGGAUUGUUGGAGGUAGAGCAGGUAAUUUUAAAGCCAAAAACUUUGGAUAAGAAAAAACCUACACCUAUAAUACCAGAGAAAACUGUAAGAGUAGUGAUCAACUUUAAGAAGACACAGAAGACCAUAGUGAGAGUUAGUCCCUAUGCAUCCCUUCAAGAACUUGCUCCUAUUAUAUGCAGCAAAUGUGAGUUUGAUCCAUUACAUACAAUGCUGUUAAAAGACUACCAAUCUCAGGAGCUCCUUGAUGUGACAAAAUCGCUUAAUGACCUGGGUCUCCGAGAGCUGUAUGCCAUGGAUAUCAACAGAGCCCCUUCAGUUACUACCUUCAGUAAGUCAUCCUUGCAAGAGUCCUGCCAAAUGUCCCCAAAUCUUGACAUUAUGAAGGAGAAAGAAAAUAAAGGUUUUUUUAGCUUUUUUCAACGCAGUAAGAAAAAAAGGGAACAAACUGCCAGCGCUCCUGCAACCCCUCUAAUUAACAAGCACCGCCCCCCAUCUUUUACGAGGUCCAACACCAUUUCCAAACCCUAUGUGUCCAACACGCUGCCCUCAGAUGUGCCCAAGAAGCGGCGAGCCCCGCUGCCACCCAUGCCCGCGCCCAACCCUGAGAAACCGCCAUCCAGCCUGCGCAAAUCUUCCAGCAUGGACGACUCGUAUAAGAGUUCCUGUGAAGCAGGCAUGGUGAGGACAGGUUCUCUGCCCCGCAGUGGCACACCAGGAGCAAAUGCGUCUUUGAAAAGGACCAAGCGGAGAGCACCAUCCCCACCCUCCAAAACAGCACUUCAACAAAGUGAUGAUGGUGGUCAUGUGACUGCCCUGCGCUCGCCAUCAGUGGAUGGAGCUACUCCAGACAGUGCUGUGGAAACACACUCUCCCAGCCCAGGCUCAGAAGGUUCCCUUGACCCUGGGCUUCCCAGUCAUGAGCAGUGCACUGUGCCUAAACUGGUGGAUGAAACCUCACUCUCGGAGGGCCCUGGAACACCCGAGGCAGCCGUAGCAUCUUUGACAUCUGGAAUAAGCUCUGAUUACAGUCUUGAAGAGAUCGAUGAGAAGGAAGAAACACAAGAUAGUUCUGAAGAUCAGACCAAGCAUAUUUCACUAACAUCACCUGGCACCCCUUUAGUAUCUGCUGAUAGAAUAACUAUAGAACGUGAAUUUCGCAUCACGGAAGGAGAGGCCUCACAUGGCUCCAAGGAAACAAUCCAAGAUCCCAGCAGCAGAGAUGGACAAGUGCCACAUAGUACUACAUAUGGUACAAGCAAUGAAGACAUGAUAGUUGACAAUGGAAGAAACUUGAAGUCAUUGGGCCAAAACCAAGAGAAUAGUGUUCAGAAUGAAAUCAUGGUCACUACGACAAACACAGACGACCAUGUGAAAAACAGAGUAAGGAGAACAGGAAGUAUGGACAGUGAAGGCAGAUAUAAGGAUGUGGACCUGGACAUUGACACACAUCUGGGCUAUUCUGCAUGUAGAACUGAUAACCUGAAAUGUCCCAAGGAAAGCCACCUCACAGCAUCACCACCACCAGAUCAAACACUGAAUCAACUCAGUGCAGCCAAGACAAAAAUGCAAGAUGCUGCAAUUCAGGCAACCCCUCCCAAUAACAGUGUUGAUGGGACUCACCAAAGUCAUCAUUUGUCUGACAUCAAAGUUGAUGAAAGUGUGCAAACUUCAAGUAGUAACAAAUUGAUUCAACAUUCAUCUGUAAUGCUACAAGAUUCCAGAGAUACCUCAAGAGAAUUCAGGAGUCAGAGCACCCCAGUGCAUUCACCAGAUCGACUUGUGAUAAAAGAUCAUGUGUGUGCAUAUGGCAGUUCUGACAUUUUGUCUCCUGUAGAUGGAGCAGACAGAGACCCAGCCUCCUACCUGAAGAACUUUCCACUGUACAAGCAGGACUCCAAUCCCAAACCAAAACCUUCCAAUGAAAUUACAAGAGAGUACAUACCUAAAAUUGGGAUGACUACUUAUAAAAUAGUGCCUCCCAAGUCCCUGGAAAUAUUGAAAGACUGGGAAUCAGAAACCACAGGGUAUAAAGAUGACCAAAAGAUAGCUGCUGCAGGACAAAAACACACUCCUGAGAAUAUGAAGGAAGGCACCACACAAACAGAAGACUGCAUUCUGGCUGUGGGCUCACGGGAGCCACAGCCCAACUUGACCCCAAAGCCCAGCUUGAGAACAGAGCCUCAGCUGCACAGAACUGUGAGCGCUCCAGGUGGUGCUGUGACGAGUCCUCUCAAGCCUCCCAGAGUGACUAGAGACACUGGCACCAUUCCUUUUGCACCAAAUUUGGAAGAUAUCAACAAUAUUUUGCAAUCAAAAUUUAAAUCCCGGCCUGCAAAUCCUCAUGCCAAACCAAGUUCAUUUUUCUUACAGAUGCAGAAAAGAGUGUCAGGCCACUAUGUGACAUCUGCAGCUGCCAAGAGUGUCCACACCACCCCUUCUCCUGUCACCACAGAGCAAGUCAACAAAGACCUGGAAAGGAACCCACUGUUUCCUCCAGAACAGAUUUCUUCUCCAUUGAGUGAAACAGCUCACCCUGCCCCAGUGCUCCACCUCACAAAGACAGGUGGUUACAUGACCACCCAAAAGUCUGCUGAAACCUCCCCUCCUCCCAUAGCUCCCAAACCUGCGCCGAUUCCCGGCCAUCAGGCUACUGCACUAAACUUGAAGACUCUGAAGACAUUUGGGGCCCCACGACCAUACUCAAGUUCUGCCCCUUCACCAUUUGCCCUUGCUGUGGUUAAAAGAUCACAGUCCUUCAGUAAGCCACAUUCAGAGUCCACUAGUGGGGAGCCAUCUGCCCAGCAGCCUCCAGUCAAAACCAAGGAUGAAAAAGCAUGUCCAGUAAUGAGGUCUGCAGAUACCCCAUGUCAUGAUGAGAUGGAUAAGCAAAGUAAAACUGCACAUAAUGGACAGAACUCUCAAAUCCCGAGCCCAGCUAACUGCCCAUCGUUCACUCUUAAGAGACAGAGUUCUUUAACAUUCCAGAGCUCUGAACCAGAACAGAUCCGACAGAGUUUGCUGACCGCAAUCCGUUCUGGAGAGGCUGCUGCCAAAUUAAAAAAAUGUGCUUUUUCCCCUUAGGUUACUGUUCCACCAAAUACAGUGUCUGUAAAUGGAAAGUCACGACUCAGCCACGUCAUGCCCUCCAUAGACCAGGAUGGCCCUUAAAUGUUGUCUUGACCUACUGCAUAUCACCUCUUCUCUUCACGGACCAACUUUCUGCCAAGGAGGAAUGUUGGCAAAUGUAUAUCCAGAUGGACACUAAUAUAUUACCUAUUAAAGUAUAAGCAUUUGUGUUAUGGAUUUUAAUGCCAAAAGAAUUACUAGAAUUUAUAAUUUAUAAUUUUUGUUCUUUUUGUCUUAAGAGCUAAAUAUGCUGCUUUAGAACCUUGAAAUGAGGUGUAAAAGACUUUCAUUUUUUUCCGAAUGAGAAAUAAUCAUUCUUAUUGAUUUCUCUUACUUGACGCAUUGUUACAACAUUGAGGAAAAAAGUAUAAAUUGAGGUUUAUAAACAUUUGUAUGGCACAUAAAUAGACAAACAGCCAACACUUGUUGCUUUGAUGUUACAGUUCAAAGGAUUUACGUUAUAGAAAAGUUUCUUUUUUGCUAAAAAGAAUGAUCCCAAAACACGAGUAAUAUCAAAUGAGUUUAUCCAACUCAAUUUUCCUUGAUGAUUCAUUUAGUUUCUUACCUGUUUACUUACCUUCUUCAUUCUUUAAUUACAAACCAGUGUCAAAUCUAGAGGAAACACUAUGUUAGUAAUUUUAACAUAGAACACUUUUUAAUCUUUAGAGCUUAAAUUGCACAAAGAGAAUUUAAAAUGUUUUCUGUAUAUAAUGAUGACAUUGUCAAAGAUAUUGUAUAAUUUACAUGCCGGAAGCCUUAAAAACAUUCCUGUGAAAAUGUUGAUAUAUUGUGGCAAUUAUUUUGUAUUUGGUAUCUAGAGAUGAAUAGGGUUAGUUUGUGUCCAUAUUCAAAACUUUAAUGACUACUUGGAAGUUCCCCAAAUCCUACUUUUGAUUCAAAUAAAAUGAUAGCCAUUUGUAUAGUUGAGAUGCUAGUAUUCUAAAUAAUAAUAUAUACCUGAAAGCCAAAAUAGUUAAGAAAAUGUGUAUGCUUGAUAGGCUAAGAACUGGCCUGGGGAUAUAGAAUUUGUCGGUGUCCUGAACCUACUUCAUGAGUUCAGUUGCUCAUUAAUUCCAAAAGCUUUGUUCAAACAAGCUGACACUAAGUUGGUUUUCACUAAAACUAUUGGGGUUUCUGCCAUUUUGAAAAAACAUGUCAAUUUUUUUCUUAUUUAAUAAAAGCAAAUUCUAUA